UACUCGCUGAGAUGGAGAGAUCAAGAGUUACUGUAACCGCACUUAUAUAUGGUUUACUGUUCAGUCAGAGAGAAAUCUAUGGAGCAGAAAUCGAGGUCAGUCCAGGAGACAACAUCACUCUCAUCUGUGACUGUCCUUUAACUCAUGGUUACAACAUCGCAUGGAUAAGAAACUGCUCUCAUGAACAUCAACCCCCUCUCAUAAUAGAUCAUUUGAUAAUGGAUGAAACAAACUUUCCACGUUUCAGCUUUCUUAAAAACUCCAACAUGAAUUCUUUUGAUCUACAUAUUACUAACAUUACAGUCUCUGAUCUGGGACUGUACUACUGUGCUGAAUACAAAAGACAAUUUAAUGGCAUUAUGUACACAUACCAUUAUGGAAACCGAACAACACGCCUCUCUCUCGCUGGUAAAAAAAACUUUGUAACUGCCUGUUCUGGACCCUCCAGCACUGUCUCACCUUCUCUUGUAUCAGACUGUUUUCUCUGCUGGACGCUGCUCUUCAGUGUGUGUCCUGUGUGUGUUCUCUUCUCCUCCAUCUGUGUGUACUGCCUCUGUCAGAAGAAAACUACAGAUGUUGGAACUGAUCACAAAGAAAAUAUGAAAAGUAGAAAUGCUCUUGAGGGUGGUGAUGAUGACGAGGUGUGUUAUGCAUCCUUGGAUGUGAUAACCAGAAGACCAAAGCGACUCAAGAAAAAGCAACCGCAGAAUUCUGACUUUAGUACUUAUGCUGCAGUCAGAACAGACACUGUGCAAAACUUCUGAUGGUUAAAAAGAACGCAUGUGCUAUUUUCAUUAAAACCUUUUGACUGAAACAACUAAUUUCAUGUCUAAGUUUGAAAAAAGUAUAUCUCUUUAUAUAUACUGUAUAUCCUACAUACAGUAUAAUUUUCAUUAGCUAGAGACAUUGCAAGGGUGUACAACUACUUAAUGCCUGUACAGAGGUGAUCUGGACGUAUUUUUUAGAUUUUUAGAAACUGUUGUUGUGGUGGGCCGUGCCAUCUGACCGUCUUUGUGUGUUGGUGAAUAUGUGUAUCUUUCAUUUUAAGUAUGUUGUUUUAAAUGGGUCCCUUUGCAAAACUAAUAAUGUACAUCUGAUGAUCUGAAUACCAGGAUGUUAAAGUACGUGAAGUUUAUAUUAGCAUUUACGGUAUAUUUUUUCUUACAUAAAAGGACAGGAACUUUUAUCUGACUAAUUUUUACAAACAGCACCCUUUGAAAGCAACUUCUGAGGUAACAUUCGUUAGUUGCCAGAAUGGCAUAAAAAAUAAAUGAAUUGUUUUUACUUGUUUUCUUACAUUUUGGAUCAGUAAAUGUUAGAUCGACCACUUUAAAUCACUAUUAACAGAAGUAAAACUUUUAAUUAUUUCGUGGUAAAUGAUUUCUCAGAGAUGUUAUUGUCUUCCAGCCGUGGCAAUUUGACAGCUUGGCGAAGUGUCUUUUAUUCUCAGUAAUAUAGAUGAUCUUAACCACAAAUGUUUCCACUCAAUGCAUAUGAGACAGAAAUAGACAGGACGUUCUGUGUGAAGGUGUAAAUGCAUGCUCAUGUGGUCAGUUUGUGUGGAGUUGCUUUGAAAGCAUGCUGUGUCUUCACACUCUUAGAGGUUUGCACAACAUCAUUACAAUUAAUGAGAAAAAGUUGCUUUGGUUAUUGGACAAACAUUAAUAGCUUAGCUGUUAGAACUCU